CAGUCAGAAAGAGCUUGCACUCCCACCGAUUCAGUAAGGCACAGACGCUCAGUCUCCUUCCUCGGCUCUCUUUUGAAACAUUUGGUGGAGCCAAGCAAAAAAAUAAGCAGCCAUGGAUGCCAUCAAGAAGAAGAUGCAGAUGCUUAAGCUCGACAAGGAGAAUGCUUUGGACAGAGCUGAGGGAGCCGAGGGAGACAAGAAGGCAGCAGAGGACAAGAGCAAACAGUUAGAGGAUGAAAUAAGUGAGUUGGAAAAGAAAUUGCGGAUCACCGAAGAUGAGAGAGAUAAAGUGCUUGAUGAAUUCCAAGCCGCCGAGGAAAAAUUGCUGAGCGCCGAGGAGGUGGCCACCAAGGCUGAGGCCGAUGUCGCUUCCCUUAACAGACGUAUCCAGCUGGUUGAGGAGGAGUUGGAUCGUGCUCAGGAGCGUCUGACAACUGCCCUGACCAAGCUGGAGGAGGCUGAGAAGGCGGCUGAUGAGUCUGAGAGAGGCAUGAAGGUCAUUGAGAACAGAGCCUCCAAGGAUGAGGAGAAGAUGGAGCUGCAGGAGAUCCAGCUGAAGGAGGCCAAGCACAUCGCUGAGGAGGCUGACCGCAAAUACGAGGAGGUUGCCCGUAAGCUGGUCAUCAUUGAGAGUGAUCUGGAGCGUACAGAGGAGCGCGCUGAGCUUUCUGAAGGACGGAUUCGAAGAGCGGAGGACGAGCUAAGAGUUUUGGAACAAAGCUUAAAAUCACUUACAGCUUCCGAAGCAAAGUACUCACAUAAGGAGGACAAGUAUGAGGAGGAGAUGAAGGUCCUCACUGACAAGCUGAAGGAGGCUGAGACACGUGCUGAGUUCGCUGAGAGAUCAGUAGCCAAGCUUGAGAAGACCAUUGACGACUUGGAAGAGAAACUGGCACAUGCUAAAGAGGAGAACCUUGAUAUGCACCAGAUGCUGGACCAGACUCUAAUGGAACUAAAUAACAUGUGAAAGCCUGGUUUACCCACUAUGGUUUGGGCUUUUUGUAUUUGCACCUUGCUUGCCAUGAGCCCUCAUUCCAUUCCAUGCCCAUGGUAAGGAACACAUAACCAGAUGCUUUUCCUUUUGCACCGUCCUGCUUUCAGUGGAGCUCAACGAGGGAGCAGAACUAAGGGAAAGGUACAACAUUUCCUUAAUGAAGCCUAAAAUGAGAAACACUUUUUGUUUUUGCCAGCUGAUUUAUAAUGUCAGCAUUUUAAUCAUUGACAUUAGUUCGCUUUUGACGAGUUAUCAGGUGAAAUGACGCAUCAUUUGCUACAAAGGUUGUUUUUGGGUCAUUCCACUAAUUCUGUGCCUUUUGAGAUGUGUAACUUGGCGGGGAAAAAAUGUAGUUUCACCCAAUUUUUACUUUCUGUCAUAAAGAACAUACGUUCAACUUAAUGAAAAACAAGUUCUCAUCUUAAGGUAAAAAAAAUACAUUUUAAAUAACUAAGUGCCAUAUAAAGUAACAAGGUUGACCGUAACAGGGUUGACAACUUCAUCAUAAAUAUUCCAUAAAUUCCCAUGUGGCAGGGAAUGGAAGGUUGCUGUGUGCAACAGGGAGCGGCAAUUGAAUGCAAGCUUCACAAAUAAAAUGAAAUAGUUAACAUUUGUAGCCUGUCUAUAGUUAACAGGGUUGACGUGUUCUGCUCAACCCACUCUCUUUUCCACAACAAAACCCCCAUGAAAUGGCCAAAAGAGUAGAACCAGCUCACCUGCUUAUACACUGAUUUGACUAUUAGAUGUUUCUUUGGAUUUUUUAAAUAUAUUUUUUUAAGGACUAGUUUCACCAUAUUAAAGAGUUCAGGUAACAGGGUUGAUCUUAAAAUGAGGGACAGUUUUAUUUGUUCUUCCUUUAAAACUAAUGAUGGUGAAAACUUGAAGACAUUUUGGGGUUAGGUGGGUUAAAAUCUUCCUCAGUCAGAGGGUACACAAAGGGACUUGUCAAAAUGCUGGAUUUUGGCACUUAGGGCUAGUCUUUAUUUGUGAAUCUGAAUUCUCCUUGUAGUCUAUAUUGUAGGGGACAUUAUUGAAUACAACAGGCUUUUAAAACGCAAUAUUGGUGCACUAUUUCUACUUCAAAUAUUGAAGGUAUGCAAAAGGCACUCAUUUCGUGGAACAACCCUUUUAUCUGCAUUUGAUAAAUUAAUUUAGUAUAUAUACUAACAUUAUUUUGAGUGUUUGGUGCCAAUAUUAAGCCCUGGCUAGAAAGGGAUCUACUUACACUCCCAAAGUAUAUUUAUUUUUCUUUUGAGCCUUAAACUCAUUACAAAAUGCAUGGCAAUAUUAUCUUGCAAAAUGCAUUCCUGUUCCCUGUUCUCGUUUUUUUUUUUUUUAUGUUUCUUGUCUAGAAAUAUGACUCAAUCAUAUGUGAUUGUGCCUCACAUAAAACUAUUGUUUUAUUAAAUGUAGGUGUUUUAAAUGUAUAUCAUAUCUGAAAUGAAUAUAAAUAAAACCUCACAGUUUAA